CAUCGGAGGCAGCGGUUCCUCUUGGUUCCGCGGAUAGACGGGGAUUAGUGGUCGGGGAUUAGUAGUCGGGGAGGCGAUAUGCCCAUGAAGCUCUUGGUAAUGCUGGGAUUGAUCAGGUUAUCAGCAGCGGCUGAUCUGCCAAAGCCAGAGUUGAUGAUGGAUGCGGUCAACACUCGCUACGUCCUCAGGUGGAACUACAGCACCACGGCCAACUUCACAGCCCAGUGGGCUUUUUCUCACUCCCUCUCCUACAGAGGAGUCUGUUUCGGUGUGGAGGCGCACUGCGAUUACUCGGCCCACCUGGACUACAGCGGGUUGUUCUUCCUGAGGGUCAGGGCAGAGGCCAAGGGUCAGAUGUCGGACUGGGCCAUUAGGGAGUUCUGUCCGGAUGUUGAUGCGGCCCUCGGGACCCCGUCCGAGUUGGUCGUGGAGGCGGGCGACUCCAUGGUCACCGUGAGCUUCAAGGAGCCGAUGGCGGAGAGCGGUGAGCCCAUGAGCUCGGUGCUCAGCCAGAACAGCCCGGAGGCGACCAUGGCCUUCAGACUCUGCUUCCGGGCGGAGGACGCUCCCAGUCAGUGGCAGGCGAAGACGCUAAACACCACACUCCACACGCUGUCUCUGCCCGCACACACGCGCUACUGCCUGAAGGUCCGGGCCUUCAGCGAACACUUCGGGAAAAGGAGCCGCUACACCCCCGAGCAGUGCACCACCACCCUGGGCUCCUCUCUGCUCUGGCGUAUACUGCUGCCCCUGUUGCUGCUCUUGGUGGUUCUGGGGGGACUGGGCUUCUUGUGGACCAGGAGGCGGUGGAGGCAGUUCCUGCCCUCCGCGCUGCCCAGCAGUAUGAUGAUGGACUCCAAGUCCCAUCAGCCCCUGCUGGUUCCCAGGGAGACCUCUUGCGCCGUCACCGCCGUGGUCGCCAUGCCUACAGCAGAGCAGGCUGUCUCGGACGGGCCCGCAUUGGCCCCCACCCCGGGACCGGAGACCGGCGGCUGUCACUGCUGAGCGGCGUUCGGUGUCUGCUCUGCCUCCCACACCCUCAGCUAGGGGGUCAGAGGGGCC